AUGUCGGCAAAGCAGCAGCUUGCUAAAGAAAGUGUUGGCAAGGGGAAGAAAGAGCCAAUCACUGUGGACGUGAAGAAGGAAAUCAUAGCAAAGCACGAGCGUGGUGUUCGUGUGGCUGAUCUUGCCAGGGAGUAUGGCAGGUCUUCCUCAACAAUUAGCACCAUUUUGAAGAGGAAGGAACAAUUUAAGACGCUUGACGUGGCCAAAGGAGUUACCAAGGUUACCAAGAAACGUCCAAAACUCCUAGAUGAUGUUGAAAGGCUACUGCUGGUGUGGAUGAAUGAACGUCAAUUACAUGGCGAUAGUGUCUCUGAAGCUAUCGUUUGUGCUAAGGCAAGGGUGCUGUAUGUGGACCUUGUCAGGAAGAUACCAGGUGCGUCGUCUGAAGAUGAGGAGUUAUUUAAGGCAAGCCGUGGAUGGUUCGAGAACUUUAGGAAGAGGAGCGGUAUACACAAUGUUGUGCGACAUGGGAAGGCUGCCAGCUCUGAUAAAGCUGCUGCCGAGACUUUUGUGCCACAGUUCCAGGAAUUUGUUGAUCGGGAGCAGUUCCUGCCCCAACAGGUUUUCAAUUGUGAUGAGACUGGGCUGUUUUGGAAAAAAUUGACGAAGAGGACCUACAUCACGCAAGAGGAACAAUCGUUGCCUGGCCACAAACCGAUGAAGGAUCGGCUCACCCUCGUGCUCUGUGCCAAUGCAAGUGACGAUUGCAAGGUAAAGCCGCUGCUCGUCUACCACUCAGAAAAUCCACGAGUGUUCAAGGCGUGUAAGGUGCACAAGACACGGCUGAAUGUGAUGUGGAGGUCCAACAAGAAGUCCUGGGUCACGCGGAUCUUCUUCAGUGAAUGGGUAAAUGACGUUUUCGGCCCCACAGUGAGGAAUUAUCUCGUCGAGAAGCAGUUACCACUCAAGGCCUUGCUUGUGCUCGAUAAUGCACCUGCGCAUCCUCCACAAAUGCAAGAUGAUCUGUUCCCGGAGAAUCAGUUCAUCACCAUCAAGUUUCUUCCUCCAAACACCACUCCACUCCUCCAACCCAUGGACCAGCAAGUCAUUGCUAACUUUAAGAAGCUGUACAUGAAGGCUUUGUUGGAGAGGUGUGUUCAUGUGAUAGACACCACAGAGCUGACCCUCAAACAAUUCUGGAAGGACCACUUCAAUAUCAUGGGGGCCUUGCGUUUGAUUGAUAAGGCCUGGGAAGGAGUGUCACUGAGGACCCUACACUCUGCAUGGCGAAACCUGUGGCCGGAGGGUGUCCCUGAGCGAGACUUCGAAGGUUUCGGUCCUGCACCUGCAGCCGCACCUGUGGAUGACCCGGACGCGCUUUUAGUGGAUGAUAUUGUUGCUCUGGGGCAAACAUUGGGUCUAGAGGUGGAUGCCGCUGAUGUGCAGGAAUUAGUGGAGGAGCACAGUGAUGAACUGACCACUGAGGAACUCCUGGAACUGCAGAAAGAGCUGGUGCAACAGGAGGUAAAGGAGCUCUCAUCGGGGGAGGAGGAGGUAUGGGAGGAUGCUGUCCCGUCCAGUGAGAUCAGGGACGUGUUGGGAAUGUUCGAAAAGGUGACCGCAUUCGCGGAAAAACAUCACCCUGAUAAGGCAGUGACAACACGUUGCGUGAACAUGUUUAAUGACAAUGUGCUGUCUCGGUUUAGGGACAUCCUAAAACGUAGACAACACCAAGUGGCACUCGAUACGAGGUGUCAGGGUAUAUCUGGCUUUAUCCAAGAGGUGCCAGCGUAUAUCCGGCUUUAUCCAAGAGAUUCCAGCGUAUAUCCGGCUUUAUCCAAGAGGUUCCAGCGUAUAUCCGGCUUUAUCCAAGAGAUUCCAGCGUAUAUCCGCCUUUAUCCAAGAGAUUCCAGCGUAUAUCCGGCUUUAUCCAAGAGAUUCCAGCGUAUAUCCGGCUUUAUCCAAGAGAUUCCAGCGUAUAUCCGCCUUUAUCCAAGAGAUUCCAGCGUAUAUCCGGCUUUAUCCAAGAGAUUCCAGCGUAUAUCCGGCUUUAUCCAAGAGAUUCCAGCGUAUAUCCGGCUUUAUAUAGAAGAUUCCAGCGUAUAUCCGGCUUUAUCCAAGAGGUGCCAUUGUAUAUCCGGUCGCAUCUAG